UCGUCUUGAUUGCCCACCGGACUUUCAUUUGUACAACGCUUUCUCCGGAAUGGAAAGAAGCGAAGUCCAAAAUGGAGGAAGAGUUCUUCCGUUGCGUGGAGUUCAUCGUGUCCCACGAAGAAGACUUCCGUGAGAAACUGGAGUGCUUUCUUCAAAAUAAACCCUUUCCCUCCUUAAGAUUGUCUGGCUCCAGCAGCAGCUUAGGUGAAGCAACCCCGCAGGGGCACUUCCAGAUGCAACAAGCGAUCGCCUCGCCCUCCGCGAUCGUCUCUCCCUCUUUAAUGGGCAAUGUCAUGCAGUCCCACUUGAUUCAGAUGAGGGAGACGAAGAGGAAGUUCGACGCCACGUGGGGGAGCAAGGAUGAUCUGGUGAACCUAGUGGUACAUUAUCAGACGCUCCUUUGGGAGAAAGAGAGAAAGACUGACGAGCUGGAAAAGGAGGUUAAAGUCCUGGAUCAACUCCGACGCAACCCAGCAGAUGACCGGGAGGAGACCAUAGAGAUGAACAAACGGCUCCUGGAGGACGCCAAGAAGAAGCUUCAGGAACAGGAAAUUGAACUAUGCCAGUUGCGGCGGGAGAUAAGCCAGGUUGUGCCUUCCAAGAUGCAGCAGAUAACCUGGAACACCCAGGAAGUUCAGGAAACCCUGAUUAACCUCCUGGCAGAACAACAUGAAUUCCAGAAGGAGAGAGCUAGACUGAACAAUCAAAUCCUCUGUGUCCGUGAUAAUACGGAAUACGCAGAAGAGAAACUGGCGAUUGCGGAAGGGAAGCUCUCCGUGCUGGAGGACCAGCUGGCAAAGAUGAAGGAGAGCACGGAGCCUGGAGCAGGGAUGGAAGAUGUCUGGCAGCAAAUUGAAGAACUGAAGCAAGAGGUGGCCAGCCUCCGUGCCCAGCGCUCUAAGCUCCAGGAGACCGAGGCCGAUAUCAAAGGGGAACUCCACCUGCUAGAAAGCAUCCUCCCAGCCAACUGGCAAGAGACAGGAGAGGAUAUGCUCCAGCUCGCAGACAGGAUGGACAAAUUGUUCGAUGCCCUCAAUGAGCUCUGUGUAGACAUGAAGAAGCUGUUGGAGGACACCCAGAAGGGCUGCUUGGUGUGCGGGGAUAAAGCUUCGGGGACACAGCUUACCGUUCAAACAUGUGAAGCGUGCAGGAAGUUCUUCCAACGAGGCAGAAGGUCCAUCUGUAAAGCCAACAAUGAGUGUGUCGUGACAAAGAGUACUCGGAAGGAUUGUCCGGCAUGCCGUUUUAACAAGUGCCUGCGUGUGGGCGUGGCCAAAAAAGGGGCUUCUGGAAAUGUGGCGCAGCCCGGAACCUUCCCCUCCAUUCAGGAAUCCCUGCAGAUGAUGCUGGAGAUGUGCGCACGUAAACAGCAGCUCCUGAGGGUCGUUGCAGCAGUGCUGAGAGCGGAGGAGCCCUACGGGGAACAUUUGACCACCGGGACCGAGGAGGAAAGCUUAUCAGCUUCGGAAAGAGACCAGCCACCUGUCGCAGGGGCUUCUGGAAAUGUCGGGCAGUCCGGAACCUUCUCCUCCAGUCAGGCAUCCCUGCAGAUGAUGCUGGAGAUAGUUCGAGACCAGCAGGAGCGCUUCAACAGCGCCAAGGCACGACUCGGGGGGAUCAUAACAGGCCAGCAGAGCAUGCAGGCAGAGAUCCAGGGGAUUAAAAUUGAACUCCAGGCAACCAAGGCUAUGCUGCAGGAGCUGGACGUUUAGGGCCGAGGCUUGGGUGUUUAAUCAAAAAAAUCCAAGAGUAAUGAAUAAGGUUAUAUAUAUAUGACAAAAACAUAUUUAGGUUGGGGGGUUCCGAAAGGGCAAGAAUAUUAUGAAGCAUUCCGGAUUAAGAGUCUUGAGUAUAAAUGAAGAUAAUGUUGAAGUAUGGGUUAAGUUCGAAAAUGAAAUAAACGAAGGCGUUGGUGUUCAUGGUAUCUUUAAUAAAUCGUUGAAG